CAGAAGCUCGGCGAGGGGACCUUUGGCGAGGUGUACAUAGCGACGCACGAGCGGACCGGCGAGACGGCCGCGCUCAAAAAGAUCAAGCUCGAGUGCGAGGACGAGGGCGUGCCGGGCACGACGCUGCGCGAGGUCUCCCUGCUCAAGGAGCUGCAGCACCCGAAUGUCGUCCAGCUCAAGGACGUGUUCUACAUGCCCAACGACAACAAGCUGUACCUAUGCUUCGAGUACUGCGACUACGACCUCAAAAAG